UUCAGUGAUUCUACUCGUGGUGGGGGAGUCGCGGAUGAAAACAGAAUUUCACUCCGGCAAAGCCGCCAGACCACGCACUACACCUUUUUCAGCCAAGACGAGAUUCCAGGAAGAUGCUGUCUGCGACUCUCAGCGAUGGUUUUCCUCCCAUGUUCGACCUGGACUCUACUGAACACUCAGUUCGGAUGGAGCCGUCCAUAUCGCAAGAACUGUUAAAUUAUUUGGUUAAAAACAAUGGGCAACAGGUGAGUGACCUCAAGAACAGGCCCGUUAUAAGGACGACUGCAGCUGCUGGCGGCUUGCAAACGACGCCGACAAGAGCUAUUCCAAGUGACCCACAAUGCUACUUUCACAGAGGACCGAGGUACAUCGAUCGCAUUCAGCCACCUAAAGGAGGUGGCUUGAUGACUGAGAGAGAAUACCGGUAUUUGUCUGUAUGCGUACCUUGGGAAAUGUGUGCCAGUUUGUGCAAGAUUGUCGAUGAUUUGUUUCAAAGCGAAUGCUCUGCUGCUGGUACUCCUAAUUUUGGAGCUUCGUGUCAAGUUUCUCCCCGGUCUACGCCCUUCGGAGCAAAUCUGAUUUUCAGCUUUAAAUUUCCUACAAACGUACCAACACUCGUGAUCAACCAACUGAUUCACUCAAUGAUGGAGCGAAUUUCUGCUGUGCCAGGAGCUGUGAUUCAGAGUGCGGACUUUCCACCAAGACCUGCUCUCUAUGGCUUCUUACAAAAAAGUGGCAUCUGUCCUGAUAUUCAUGUGUACAAUGAUGAAAUUUUGCUGAAAUCAUCACUGUGAUAAAUUUCCAUACUGUAUGUAAUCUCUUCUCCACGUGAAAAAGACUUACUGUAUAUAUUUAUGGGAUUUUUGACUUCUAAUUUUAAUUAGAUUAUACUCGUAAUCUCUAAUUAAAAAAAGCUAGUACAAGAUGCUUAA